CAGCAUUACUGUGUCGCAUUUUUUUGCAUCUGUGCAUUUUAUAUUUGACUUUUGUGGCAAAAUGAGUGAAGUAAAUAUUACUGGCAGCGCUCCAGAGGUGGAAGAAGCAAAUCCAUUGGAGCAAUCAACCAUAACAAUGAUCGAUGUGUUGGAGGAAGAGAAGGAAAUGGAAAAAGAAUACGCUGCUGUGCUUGGCGCCUCGGAUGAAAAGGCUUGUACCUAUACAAAAGGCAACAUUCAACGCCAGGCUCUAUAUUCAUGCCUGACCUGUUGCCCAGAGGCACGUAACGAUUUAACCAAAUGUGCUGGUAUUUGUCUCGCUUGUUCGUAUCGUUGUCAUGAAAAUCAUGAGCUUGUGGAGCUUUAUACCAAACGCAACUUUCGUUGUGAUUGCCCUACCCUGCGUAUGGGCAGCGAGAAGUGUUGCGUCCUAAAUCCACAGCUAGAGGGAAAGCAGCCAAAAAAUGCCGGCAAUCUAUAUAACCAUAAUUUUCAGGGAUUGUAUUGCAAAUGCAAGCGUCCCUAUCCCGAUCCAGAACGAACCACUGAGGAGGUUAUGCUGCAGUGCGCUAUUUGCGAGGAUUGGUACCAUUUGCCUCAUAUUCAGGCACCAGCUGUGAGCGAGAAAUGGCUGGAUGCCUGCAGCGAAAUGAUCUGCGAUACUUGCAUGGAUCGUCACGAUUUUCUGCGCGACUACACAGGCUUGGCCAUGCUGCCGCCCAAGGAAACCAAUGAGACAACUGAUGUUGAGGUAGAUGCAAGUCAGCAGAAAAAAGAGCCAGAAGUGAACGGUGAGCAGCCCUCGGGGUCUGACGAGCCAGAGAGCAAGCGCGCUAAGCUCACACAGGACGAAUGCAAGCGUCCCAAGGCGAAUAAAGAACACAAAGGUCCUGCUUUCUGGGCCAACGACUGGCGCAACGCACUUUGUCAAUGUGAAAAAUGCAUGAAGCUCUACAAGGAGCAGUCUGUGGAGUUCUUGCUCGAUGCUGAGGACUCGGCCAAGACGUAUGAGGAGCGCGGCAUGCUCCGCGCCGAAGAGAACUCCAGUUACGAGCAGGGCAUACGUGCAUUGGCUUCCAUUGGACGCACGCAGCAGAUUGACGCGAUAACCGAAUACAAUCGCAUGAAGGAUAAGCUCAAGGAGUAUUUACAGUCAUUUGCCGCAAGCAACAAGGUGGUUACCGAAGAGGACAUUAAUCGUUUCUUUGCUGGCAUUAAGAAUGAAAAUAACGCGCAUCUGGGGCAGCCGUAUUUUUGUCGCUAAAUUUGCAUA